CUAGCGUGGAAGAACUACAACCCCCAGCAGUCACUGCGCUGCCAGCCUGUCCUCUUCGGUCCCCCAUCUCCCCCCAUCUUAGUGCCUGAGCGGCUUGGCCAGAGCUGCUGCUACUGCAGCAAGAGGUAGGGCUGAGGCGUGGAGAAUUUCAUGGACAGGAGGUCGCACAGAAAGACACACAGAGGUAGUGGUGUACAUUUAAGCCCUUGACAGCAAAUAGCAGGUGACACUAGUUAAAGGCAUCUCCUGCAAGAGUAGGAGAAGAUGGCCACUCUCAACCAUUCCAACUGUAAUAGAGAGUCACCAGGUGCUCUGGAGCAGGCGAAGACCUCUCGUGGUCUGCGGAGCCCCCAGGUAGCCCAUGAGCCUCAUGACUUUGGCGGGUCCUUGCUUCUGCCACCAGGAAGGGAGAUGCACUCAGAUGAAGGUGUUGCUCCAGCUGGCGGUGGCUCGAGCUGCAACAUUAAGGGUUCCCGCAGCCAGAGCUCAGGGGGCUGUUCAGUGGAGGCGGCGCUGGCCCGAAAGAAGCACCGUAGGCGGCCGUCGAAGCGCAAGCGUCACUGGAGGCCUUACUUGGAGCUGAGCUGGGCUGAGAAGCAGCAGCGAGAUGAGAGGCAGAGCCAGAGGGCCUCCCGGGUCCGCGAGGAGAUGUUUGCCAAAGGCCAGCCCCUGGCACCCUACAACACCACCCAGUUCCUCAUGAAUGACCGUGACCUGGAGGAGCCUAACCUGGACGUGCUCCAUGGGCUGUCCCACACGGGCUCCAGUGGGGAGAAUGAGGCAGGGGACAGUGACGGGCAGGGCCGAGCCCAUGGGGAAUUCCAGCAGAGGGACUUCUCUGAGGCCUACGAGCGCUACCACACCGAGAGCCUUCAGGGCCGCAGCAAGCAGGAGCUGGUGAGAGACUACCUGGACCUAGAGAGGCGACUGUCACAGGCUGAGCAGGAAACUCGGAGGCUCCAGCGGCUGCAGGGGCGCCCCGGCAGGCAGCCCUGUCAGCAGGUGGAGGAGCUGGCUGCCGAGGUGGAAAGGCUCCGGACUGAGAACCAGAGGCUUCGGCAGGAGAAGGAAAUGUGGCACCGAGGGGGCAGCUGCUGCGACCAGGAGAAGCCUGCCACAGAAGGGACCCCAAGACCCCAGGAUAAGUCCCCAUGUCACAACCACUCAGGCCAGCCGGGUCACAGGCAGGCAGGUGACAGCUGAAGGCUACUCGUGGCACCCCUGCCCUGCUGAGAACUGCUAAGGCAAGGUCAGAGUGUCCCCUGUCAUUUCCACUGUUGCCUCUUUGAUGUCACCUUACUUUUUACAGAGCAAUUAAAUGGCCUUGUGAGACCCGC